UGGAGCCCAGGCAGGGGGCUCCAGGAGACACUUCUUCCCCAGCCGGACGAGGCACCUCAUGCUGGCACUAGGGAGCCUUGCAGCCUGGGCCUUGGCUUUAGCCCUCCUCUGCCUCCUAGCCAUGGAGCUCUGGGGGCCAGGCGGGGGCAGCUGGCUCCCUAGCCGUGAGCCAGGGGGUGCAGGCGAGGAAGAAGAUGGGGACAAUGUCAUUGGGGAUGGGGGGCCUGGGGCAGGACGCUGCAGGCUUAUCUGCAAAUCCUCCGCCCUGGCCCAGAGCCUGCUGAGGAGCCUGCGGCGGAGUGCUGCCCUGCAGAGCGGGCGCUGGCUGUGGAGGACCUGGCCUCAGCUCCAGACCAUGUUCCAGCUCCUCUUCCCCCCUACCCACCAGCCAGAGCUGGCCCGGGAGCUCCUGCAGCUGGCCGACGGGGGCCUGGUUGCCCUGGACUGGGUCAUGGGGCCCCGUGGCACCGGCAGGAGGAGUAGAGCAACCAUUGCCUUUGGCACCGCCCCGGUGCUGCUUGUCCUCCCUAAUGCCUCCGGGAAGGUCACCAGGGGCGUCCUGCACCUCUGCCUGCUGGCCCUGGAGCAGGGCUACAAGCCCGUCAUCUUCAACCGAAGGGGACACAACGGCAGCCCGCUCGCCAGCCUGAAGCUGCAGGCCUUCGGGGACCCAGGCGACCUCAAGGAGGCAGUGACAUACAUCCGCGUGCGGCAGCCAGGUUCCUCGCUCUGCGCCGUGAGCGAGGGCUCAGGCUCGGGCCUGCUCCUCUCCUACCUGGGAGAGUGUGGCUCCUCCAGCUACCUGGCUGCAGCGGCUUGCAUCUCGCCCGUGUUCAGGUGCCAGGCCUGGCUGGAGACUGGGUGCCCCUGGCUGUAUGAGUGGAGUCUGCUCCUGCACCAGAAACAAGGCCUCAGCAGGUAUGCCACCGCGCUGGCAGAGGUUGUGGAGACAGGCAGGCUGUUCAGGAGCCGCUCGCUCCGGGAAUUGGAGGAAACCCUCUUCUGCCAGACCAAGAGCCACCCUGUCACCUGGGACGCUUACUGGGAUCGCAACGACCCCCUCCGGGAGGUGGAUGAGGCAGCCGUCCCGGUCCUGUGCAUCUGCAGCGCCGACGACCCUGUCCGAGGACCUCCGGCCAGCACCCUCCCCAUGGAGCUCUUCCACAGCAGCCCCUACUUCUUCUUGCUGCUGACACCACACGGAGGGCACUGCGGCUUCCUGAGGGAGGGGUCCUGCUCCUGGAGCCACGAGGUGAUGCUGGAGUACUUCACAGCCGUCGCAGAGUUCUUUCGCACGGAGGAGAGGCUGAAGGGUCUGCACCGGUACAGGAGGGGCGUCCUGCAGAAGAGAGAGGCUUCCUCCACUGCCUGCCACCUCCAGGAGAUUUUCAGCUGGCAGAGGUCCUACACCAGGUAGCACCAGGCAGGUCUAGCACCUCUCCAUAGCAUCCCUGGGAGAGGCUGUCCAAGGGCCAUGCAGCGCUGUGCAGUCACCCCCCAUUAGAGGACAAGCAGCACCCAGUGCUGCACAGCCUUCCCCUUGCACACUCACACCAGCAUGGCAGGCACUGCACACACAGGCCCUGUCAUCCCCUCCCCACAGAAACAGACUGUUGAAAGCCCACAUGGCUGACAUGACUGGUGUGUUCCCACCACAUUGGAAAUGGCCCAGGCUGUGCGCACUCAGGGCCGAGCACGGCUAGCUGAGCCUCCCCCGAUCCUAUGAAACACCACUAGCUCAUGCAGUUCCCAGUGGCCAGCCCGAGCGUGCUGGGGUGGGAAAGUGCUCCCGGGUCAAAGCAAUCUCCAUCAUGCUCCUGCCAUGGGAGGGUGCUGUGCUGCUGAAGGAACAGUGUUCAAGGGAGAUGCAAAGCCCACGCCCUGGUCCUCGGGCGCUCUCCACAGGAGGUGGCCUUAGAUCCAGAGUCCUGGCUACAUCCCACCUUUCAAAACCUGCAGCAGACGCUCCAUGUACUAAAAUUACUUUAUUACAGUUGAUUUUUUAACAUUUCCUUUGCUCUGUUACAAAGGAUACUUACAAACAAAAUAUUACAUACGACCUUAUUUUCUCCUCUCUCAUUUUCUGACAACAUGGUAACAGCUUUAAAUGCACAAUCUAUACAAUUAAUACAGGUUAUAUAUGAGCACUAAUGUAUGUUGAACCAGAAGGAUACCAGAAUACUGACAAUAUACUGUACAAUAAGCCUCAUCAGUUAGUGCUUGUGGCAUUUUCUACCAAAAGGAAAAUGCACACCUGUAGACUCACCAUCCCAGCUGGUGCUAACACAAACAUGAGCAGGAAGGAGUCCAAUUUCCCUGUUUUAACCCCUGUAGGAAUUGGGCUUGGAAGACUCAGGCCUCUGUUCAGUAUAAUGGCGUGGGCAGCACCACCCACGAAAAAGUGAUGCCCAGCUCCUGGCCUUGCUUACACCUCACCCCCAAUGCCCCAGAAUGAACGAGCCCUCUACUAGCCAAGGACAGAGGCUGGGGCCGUGGGGAAGAGUUGUGGGUCAUGAGCUGAAGGUUCUUAGAGGAGGGAGAAGAGAAGUAAACACAUUACUUGGUGUCUGUGAGCAUCCCUCUUCCCGCUCACAUGUGAGCAGGCACACAGCAAGGGGUGUAACAAUGACCCCAGAGGCAGAAGCCGAGAGGGAUACGGGUAUUUUAACUCCCACUACCAUUGUGGGAACCUGGCUAUCCGCUGCAGCCUUCAUGCCAACCGAGCGCCCACCGCAGGUCAUGGCAGCUGGGCCUGUGGCAGCUCUGCAGCUCUCUAGUUACAGCCAAGCUUUGCCUUCAUUUUGCAACCAACACCAGAUUUGUGCUGCUACAGGUGUGCACUUGCCCUCCUCCCCAUGCGUUACCUAGAGCUGAUAAGGUGACAUUUUUAUUUUCUUUUAAAGCAACUGACAGUGAAGCAUUUUCAGCUGACUGGCAAAAGA